AUGGAAAGCUCUCUAUCGCAAGCACAAGGUAUUUCGAACUUCUCAUCGCCAUCAACACAUCGCCUACCGACUGUCUCUGCAGCCCAAGCUCUAAAAGAUUUAAAGUGUUCGCCUUCGAGAUGCAUAUCUACAGGGCUUUGCCUACUUGAUGCUUUCCUACAGAAUCAAGAAACACUGCAAGAAGAUGCAAAAUUUGGAGGUGUAUCAAGGGGUCAGGUAACUGAUGUGUACGGACCUCCUGGCGUUGGUAAAACUACCUUCUUAAUGCAAUUGGCUGCAAGUGUACUACAUUCCGGUGAAGGAGUACUCUGGGUAGAUACAUCUCAUGAAAUAUCCGGCCCUCGUUUCACCGAAGUUAUAACGUCACAUCAAUCUCGUCACUCUCAUGCCAUGAAUACGACACCACCUCAAUCGCUUGCAGAGCUUCUAUCUAGAUUUACCCACUUCUCGACCCCAACUCUCGCGCAUUUGAUCGCAUUAAUCUCGUAUUUCAUCAGCAACUACCCACCACUGAACACGAGUCUCCUCGUGAUCGACUCAUUAUCUUCCCUGACAACAGCAGAAUUUCCGCCUGACUCAAAAGCUAUCUCUAACGUCCGCAGAACUGAUUUGGCCUCACGUAGAUUUUCUGUAUUUCAGACGUUAGUAUCUCUCCUCCAAAAACUGGCAGCUACUAGAAAUGUUGCAGUCGUGGUAACUGAACAAUGCAUUACAAAUUUACGUCUCAACGGAAACGCAGACUUAGUUCCAGCUAUUAGCAUGCCUAUCUGGGAACAAGGACUACGUUGUCGACUAGUCUUGUUUCGACACUGGGACUGGGAAAAUGAGGACGGAAGCUGGAAUUAUAAUGUUAGAUUGGCUAAGGUGGUCAAAGCAGAAGGCGUUAAUGUGCCGAAGACGAAAAAAUUGCUGGUUGGGUUUCGCAUCGAAGCAGUAAAUACACUCUAUGGAAUAGUAACACAGCCACGCUAA